AUGGAUCUCGCAAGUCGUCAUCUUUUAGCGGAAUACGAUCUCGGCAAUCUUUUAUAUGAAGAUAAAGCACCUAUAGAUCCAAAAGAUGUCAACAAGGCAUUUAUUCGAAGCCUAACAUUAGAUUGCACUCAGCACUUCCUAAGGGAGUUUUGGAAGGCAAAAACCAACGACGGGAUAUUGGUUUCAGUUCUCCCUGAUCCCGUAUCCAGGCUUCCACGUGAAAAGCGAACUCCGAAAGCGAAAGAGUUAACUCGUUGGGAGAGAUUCGCCCAAAUGAAGGGUAUAAAGAAACGCAAAAAGUCUAGGAAAGUCUGGGACGAGGCUAGUCAGUCUUGGAAGCCCAGGUGGGGCAAGGAUCGUGUGGAUUCCGUGAAGGAUAAGUGGGUUCUCGAAGUUCCCGAUAACGCAGAUCCGUACGAGGACCAGUUUGAGAAGUUGUCAAGGGCUCGAAGUGAAAGAAGGGCUAAGAAUGAAUUUGCAAGAUUAAAGAACAUUGCCCGAACGGUGAAAAAGGGUCAAGCUCCUCCUCUCGGGGUUCUGACCGAAUCUGAGGCAUCUAAAAAUAUCCUCAGUCGGGCUCUGGAAAUCACCAAGCGCUCAGAUGCCUCUAUGGGCCUUUUUUCACAGGAAAUCAACGAACAAAAGAUUGCCAACAAAGCAGAAAAGAAGCAUUCAGUGAAAAACCGAGGUAAGAAGGGAAAGAAAGGUGGUCCCAGUCGUCACGCCAGGGGUGGAAAAGGUCGGGGUCGUCUUUCCAACAAAAAGUAA